AUGAGUUCUCGUUUCUUUGCUGCUAGUUUAUCUGACUCCGAGUCAGACGAGGAAUUGCUCAGUUCCGAAGAAGAAGAAUUGCUUAGCUCUUCUGAAGAUGAACAGAUGGAAUCUUCAAGUGAAGAAGACGACGACUUGGAUGAUGACAUGGACGAAGACGAAUCAGACGAAGAUGAUGAUGAGCCAACCGGUCGUAACAAGUUCUUGAAGACCGAAACUCCUCAAAGAAGCGCAGCUUAUUUCUUGAAGGGUUCCAAUAUUCCAGAUUCUGAUGACGAAACCGAAUCCGAAUCUGACGACGAUAACAAGAAAGUGGUCAAAUCAGCCAAGGACAAAUUAUUAGAAGAAAUGAAAAACAGUGCCAAUGAAAUCGACAACGCUGCCGAUUUUGAUGACUGGCUCACCGUUUCCAAAGAAUUCGACAAAUUGAACAAGUUGUUGAUCAGAUCCCAACAACAAAAUAUUCCAACCCCAACUUUCUACAUCAAGACUUUGGCAGAAUUGGAAGAUGUUAUCAUUCUUGUCAGCAAGGAAAACACUAAAAUGAAUGCCGUUACUUCCAAGGCCUUCAAUUCUAUUAAACAGAGAGUUAAGAGAUCAUCCAGAGACUUUGAAGAUUUGAUAAAAAGAUUCCGUGAAAGUCCAGAAGAUAUGCAAAAAUCUGCCACAGUGCCUGCCGUCGCCCCAGCUGGCCGCUCUGCCGCUGCCGAUGAAGAAGAACUUGAUAUUGCUGCUACUUUACGUACCGUCAUUGAAAACCGUGGUAAGAAGAACGUUGACCGUUACGAACAAGUUGCCACUUUGGAAAAAUUGUUGCAAUUUGCUGAGUCUCCAUUCCAAUUUAUCUCAAUUUACUUUUUAUUGAUUCCAACCAGAUUUGAUCUCAGUAUGAACGCCAACUACAUGCCAAUUGAUCAAUGGAAGAAUGCCGAAAAAAAUAUUUCUGCUUUAUUGACCAUUUUGGAAGACAAUCAUGACAAAUACAGAGUUACUGAAAAUGGUGAAGCUGGUCUCGAUUUUGAAAACGAACCACAAGCUAACAAAGAUGGUAUCGUGGAAGUAUUAGGUUCUAUUGCAUCAUUUGUCGAAAGAUUGGACGAUGAAUUAACCAGAUCUUUGUUAGUUAUUGACCCACACUCGAGUGAUUACAUUGUUAGAUUGAGAGACGAAUCUCAAAUGUACAACUUGAUCUUGAGAGCCCAAUUAUACGUUGAAUCUUUGUCCAGUGCUGAUCAAUUGACCAAUCCAUCGAACGAUCAAUUGUUCAGAAUUAUCUUGAGAAGAAUUGACCAUGUUUACUUCAAGCCAAUCCAAUUGAUCAACUUCAAUGAAAAGACCGCUUGGAAUGCUUUGAAAGAUGGACAAGAAUCUUUUGUCGUCAAAUCCACUUCCACUUAUGAUAAGGAAUAUGCCGAUGGAUUAGUUAAUACUUUGUGUUCAGUGCUAUACCGUCAAUCCAACUCUGUCUACAGAAAGAAGGCAAUGCUUUGUCAUAUCUACUACUAUGCUUUCAAUAACCAAUACUUCAAGGCCAGAGAUAUGUUGUUAAUGUCACACUUGCAAUCUACCAUCCACUCUUGUGAGCCAGCCAUGCAAGUCUUGUUUAACAGAACUUUGGUCCAACUUGGGUUAUGUGCUUUCAAGGUUGGCUUGAUUGAUGAAGCUUUCCAAACUUUGCAAGAAAUCGCCACCUCUAGCAGACAAAAAGAAUUGUUGGGUCAAGGUGUUCAAAGAUACAAUCAACAAUCAUCCACAACCAGUGUUGCUGCUGACAGACAAAGAUUGUUACCAUUCCACAUGCAUAUCAACUUGGAGUUAUUGGAAGCUGUGUUUUUGACUUCUUCACUCUUGAUUGAAAUUCCUCAAGCCGCACAAACCGGUAAUAACAACUACAAUAAGAAGGCGUCCACUAAAUCUUUCAGACGUGCUCUUGAGUUCCAUGAAAGACAAUUCUUCCAAGGUCCUCCUGAAAACACCAAGGAUUACAUUAUGUACGCCGCCAAGAGUUUACAAAUGGGUGACUGGAAAAAGGCUACCAAUUACAUCAAAUCCGUGGAUAUUUGGAAGUUAUUUGUCAAUGGUGACGCAAUCAAGAAGAUGAUUGAAGAAAAAUUACAAAUCGAAGGGUUGAGAACUUACUUGUUCCAAUUUAGAAACUAUUACACCAAGUUAUCCAUUGGCAAAUUGGCAGAAAUCUUUGAAUUGAAAGAAUCUAAAGUGUCUGCUGUCUUAUCCAAGAUGAUUUUCAAAGAAGAGAUCUUGGCUGCUUUGGACCAAAAGACCUCUUCAGUCUACUUUAUCCAUGGCCAUGAAUUGAAUAAACCUCAAGAAUUGGCAUUGGUGUUGGCUGAAAAAGUCGGUCAAUUGGCAGAAAAGAACGAACGUUUGGCUGCCGGGGGUCACCAGCAGCAAUCCACCGGGUUCAAUUCCCAAUCCCAUGGGUCUAAUGGUAACACCUCCCGUAACCACCACAGUCAAAACUUCAAAAUCAGCUCCUCUAAUUCAGGUAUCAUUGCUGGUGCGUUGAAUGGUAUGGAUAAUAAAGGGAACAAUAGAAGACAAAAAAGAAACAAUAAAUAA